AUGGAUGACAAGCUCAAGGCAUCGCUCCAAGCGCCUGAUAUAGAUCGUCAGAGUUCAUGGCCUGGAUGGGACAUAGCCAUGGAGAGCCAGAGCAUCAAGAUUCCUGCCAAAAAUUCAGUCUAUACUCCUGUGGAUGAAAAACUGUCCCAACACGAAGAUGGCAAAUUCUUUGCAAUGAGACGUCCAUCGCUUCCUAAUCUCGAAGAAACCAUCCAACAACAACAAUCGCAAAUGCAGACUCAAAUCCAAACUCCUUUCGGGGCUCCACCACGAAAGGCAAUCCUAGAUCCACUUGCGAACAAACUGCCUCCUUCUCCUAAUUCGAUCCCUGCAGCUGUCAAUGCUCCUCAGCUCCCUCUGUUAACACAAAACCCAGGUCUCAGUGCUAAUGCUGGUAGUAGCAGUUCAGCAGGUCUAGUUGCUGGAAGCAGUAACAUCAAUAAUGGAUCUGUGGCAAGUUUAGGUCCUGGAGCUGGAAAUGGGCCUGCAAGAGGGCGAUCACUGUCAAUGUCAAGAUCCAAUAAUGCGUCUGCGUCUCUGGCUGAACAGUUGCAUUCUGUUGCUAAUCCUGGCAGUAUGAAUUUGGUUGAUCAGCCUGGUGGGCAGGAGCGACCUGUUAGAUCUGCUAUGAGAGACGACGAACUAGCAUCCGAACUCCAAUCCAUCUUCUCAUCAUUACGAGAGUGUCUAGAACUACGUGAAUCAUUCUUACAAAUGUCUUUACAAACUCCUGGUGAUAACCCCAAAGAUGAUAACGACUGGGUCAUCUAUCCACCACCAUUAUCGCCAUCCUAUCCGCCUGAAUAUGCUGCUAAUGGUGACUUUAUACCACGAGAACCCGAUUUGCGGGUCGAGUUUGAUGCUAGUCAGGUGCCUAUUCCUGAGAUGCAUGCUUUUUCGUAUCAAAUGGGUCCAAAUGGUGUUUAUGAAGUGUAUGAGAGUGAAACAGCAAAGGCAACGCACUCAAAACGAUACGUGGUACCAAGUGUCAAGGAUUACUUUACGCACUUGGACUUUAUCGUGAAUGUGAUUUCUGAUGGACCAACAAAGAGUUUUGCGUUUCGCAGACUGAGAUACCUAGAAGCCAAGUUUCAAAUGUAUACUUUGCUGAAUGGAUAUCAAGAGUUGGCUGAUACCAAGAGAGUUCCACAUCGUGACUUCUACAAUGUUCGUAAAGUCGAUACCCACGUGCACCAUUCGUCUUGUAUGAAUCAGAAACACUUGUUGAGAUUCAUCAAGUCCAAGUUGAGGAAGAGUGGAGAUGAGGUUGUGAUAUUCAGAGAUCAGCAGCACCUGACUCUGAAACAAGUCUUUCAAAGUUUGUCAUUGACAGCUUAUGAUUUGAGUAUUGAUACUCUUGAUAUGCAUGCACAUACAGAUUCAUUCCAUCGAUUCGACAAGUUCAAUUUGAAGUACAAUCCAAUGGGCGAAUCUCGAUUACGUGAAAUCUUUUUGAAGACGGAUAACUAUAUUCAGGGACGCUUUUUGGCUGAUUUGACAAAAGAGGUUAUGUAUGAUUUGGAAGCUAGCAAGUAUCAGAUGAUGGAGUACCGUAUUUCGAUCUAUGGAAGGAACAUGUCUGAGUGGGACAAGUUGGCUAAAUGGGUGGUUGGAAGUAAACUCUUUUCCCACAAUGUCCGAUGGUUGAUUCAAGUCCCUCGUCUUUACAAUGUAUAUAAGGGAGCUGGUCAAGUCGCGUCCUUUGAGGAUAUCAUCAAGAAUAUCUUCCAGCCCUUGUUUGAGGUCACUCAGAACCCAAGCUCUCAUCCAGAAUUAUACAUCUUUUUGCAACGAGUCAUUGGAUUUGAUAGUGUCGACGAUGAAUCCAAAGCUGAGAAACGAACCUUCAAAAAGUAUCCACCACCACGAGAAUGGAAUAUCAAUCUCAACCCUCCAUACUCGUAUUAUCUGUAUUAUAUGUUUGCUAAUAUGGCAGUGCUGAACUUGUGGAGGAAGGAGCGUGGAUUCAACACGUUCGUGUUAAGACCACAUGCGGGAGAGGCUGGUGAUACAGAUCACUUGGCAUGUGCCUUCUUGACUUCACAUUCCAUCAGUCAUGGUAUCUUGUUACGAAAAGUUCCCGCAUUACAAUACCUCUUCUAUCUUGAUCAAAUCGGUAUUGCCAUGUCGCCCCUAUCCAAUAAUGCUCUCUUUUUGAACUAUGAGAGAAACCCAUUCUUGCAGUUUUUCCAACGAGGUCUUAAUGUGUCAUUGUCUACCGAUGAUCCAUUACAGUUUCAUUUUACAAAGGAACCACUUAUUGAAGAGUAUAGUGUUGCUGCUCAGAUAUGGAAACUUACUGGUCCAGAUAUGUGUGAAAUUGCUAGAAACUCUGUUAUUCAGAGUGGCUGGGAAAGAAAGAUCAAGAAGCACUGGCUUGGUGAUCAUUUUGAGCUUCCUGGACCUGCCGGAAAUCAUAUUCAAAAGACUAAUGUGCCAAAUAUACGUAUGGCAUAUCGAUAUCAGACCUUGAUGGAAGAGAGGCACAUGGUCAUUGGUAGUCUGACACCAGAACGUCCAAGGGAUGAAUCCUUAAUGAAUGCUUCAUUCGAGAACUUGGACGUCUCACAUGAUGUAAUGGCAAACCCAGUCGUCAACCAGCAAUUCUGGAAUCCAGGCAUCAUACCACCUCCGCCACACUCUUCAAACGCCAAUCUAUGGCCGCCCGGUGUCUUGACUGGAGCAAUCAACCCUGUAAAUGACGCAAUUGCUACUAGUGUCGCUGAAGGAUCAUUAAAAGCUCCAAUUGAACCAGAUAUAUUUAGUGCAACCAGCCCAUCACAAUCAAACAGAGGAACCACAGAAGCGUCUACAUCACCACAUGAACUAGAUCAUCCAGCUAUGAGUAAGAAAUCAUGGUCACCAGCCUUCCAUAAAAUGACUCGAGAUCAUGAUGAAAUGUCGGAAGAAUAUGACGAGCCUGUAUUGGGAAGUCCUUCUGGACGAAAUCAGAGUAUUCCUAUAGUUAUGCAGAGGCGCCAAAGUAAAGUCAAUCAGUGGAUUGGGCAGGCCAUGUCUAUGCCUAACGCUGGAUUGGGCUUGGGUAUGGGCAUCAGAGGGCAUCCAGGAAUGUCAAGUCCUACUUUUGCUGCUCCUGAGCCACUGUUGAGUCGAUCUAUAGGUGCUAGUCCUCCAAUGAGCAGGGGUGAAGGAUAUGUGUCAGGUCCGAACUCAAGACCUAUGUCACCUAUUGGAGGUGGUGAUUCGGAAUAUGACCCAUCUUUUCUUGAUUUCGCGGCAGUGCCAACGAUGCCGUAUAUACCUGUCGCAGGAAAUAACACAAUGUUCUCUGCCGCUCUCACAGCUGAAAAGGCUGCUAAACGUGCCAGCCAAAAGCCUGAAUAA